AAUUAAAUCAUUUCGUUGGGCAAGCCGUGAAGGUGUAGAGGCGCCCCUUUUGAGUAUGCUCGCGCUCGUUGCGUUCGUUUGUGCGAUGAAAAUUGCAGUCGCGGAGCCCUUUUUGAGAACCUGCGAGCCGAUAAGGGUUGAGCUCUGUACCAAUUUGGGGUACAACGCGACCGGUAUGCCGAAUUUGGGCGGCAAUGAGCUGCAGCAGGACGCCGAGUACACUUUGAAGACCUUUUCGCCUUUAAUCCAGUACGGUUGUAGUUCGCAAUUGAAACUGUUUUUGUGCUCGGUUUAUGUGCCGCUGUGUACCGAGAAAGUGCUCAAUCCCAUCGGACCGUGCAGAAGUUUAUGUGAGAACGUUCGCUCGCGAUGCUAUCCCGUACUGGAGGGUUUCGGGUUUCCGUGGCCGGAUGCUCUUAAUUGUUCACGAUUUCCAGAGGAGAAUAAUCACGAGCACAUGUGCAUGGAAGGGCCGAAAGAUGCGAGCGUUGCCAUCACGUCGCCCAUCUUACCAGACGCGGUCAAUUUCGAAUGUCCGCCGCAGCACGUGAAGAGUAACACGCUGGGUACUUGCGUACCUACGUGCGAGGGCGACUUUCUUUUUGAUUCCGCCGAAAAGAAACUUGCAGAGGUGUGGAUAAUCGUGUGGCCGAUUACCUGCUUCGUAUGCAGCCUAGGAGGCGUAAUAACCUUAGCGAUUGGGGGUGGAAGAGUGCGAGCGCGUCCCCUAAUCUUCUUGGCGCUUUGCUAUUUCUUCAUGAGCGUCGGCCUAAUUCUUCGCAUAAUUACCGGCAGGGCGAGUAAUCAGGCGUGCCAGACGGAGACGAUUUCGAGCGAUUAUCGUCAGCAAGUGGACGAUCUCGGCAAUCCAAAUUGCGCGUUCGUAUUUCUGUUCGUUUAUUAUUUCGGAAUGGCUGCCGAUUUAUGGUGGGUGUGUCUCUGUGGAUGGUGGGUAGCGAAAUCUGGUUUGCUUUGGCCGCAAGAGAAAUUGAGAAAUUUGAGAUCGUUCUUCCACGUCGCCGCAUGGGGUUUGCCGGCCUCGCAGACGGUCGCCGCCUUAGUGCGCAGGGAUGUCGAUGCUGAUGAACUCACAGGUACUUGCUACGUUGGAAAUAAAGAGUCGACCACGCUUUUGGCUUUGGUUCUUGUCCCUCAGGCCCUUUACGUUUCAAUAGGCUUCAUCCUGCUGUCGAUAGGAUGCCUCCUAGUCCUCUGCAAAUCGACUACAACCACAUCAAACGGAACAAACGCGCGAAGCAGCGACGCGGAUCUCCUAGGAAUUCUCUGCGUACUUUACUUCCUACCGACCGCCUGCGUUUUCAUAACCGUCUGCUACGAGUACAGCAAUCGGGAGAAAUGGCAGCUGGAUCAGGACAAGCCGAUCCUGUGGGUCUUCCUCCUCAGAUACCUCAUGAAGCUCUUUCCGGGAAUAAGCGCCAUCUUCUGGAUGUGGUCGUUCAAGACGCGCGGCGCGUGGAAGACGAUAUUCCGCCGGCUCAACUCGCAGAAGCACGGCCCCGUGAAAACGCACACGCUGCAGCCGGUCAUGAGAUACACGCAGAAUCCGUCGAUGCAUUCCGCCGUCUCCGUGAGUACGGGCGCCGGGCAAAAUAUCAAGUACUCAAAGCGGAAACCGAGGUUUCACCAUCACCACCACCAUCAAAUUGGCGGCGAGACCAUACUGUGAACCUUGCGAGCUUUUCCGAUUGUGUAUAUAUAGCGUAGGUCAAAAGGCACCUAAGUAUUUUAGUACAUUCGCUUCAAAAAGCAAAAUUGUAUAGCUAAUUAGGUAUAAGGACGCCGAUGCGAUUAGUUAUUUAAUAUUUAUUUUUGUUACAAGUCUGAAAUUAAGUAUAUACGUAUUCCAAUGUUGCAUUUAAUAAAAUGGUAGUGUACACAGA